ACAUUCACCAUGUUAAAGUGAAGGAAAAGAACUCUGUAUUGAACAUGCUGAAACGAUUUGACAAAAUAAGAUUUAGAGGACAGAAGCGAGAUGAAAUACUUGAUCUAGUAGAAUCUCCCAAUGCAUCAGACAAUGAAUGUGGUGAUGAAAUUCCUGCGAAAUCUGCUCGAUGCUCUAUGAGGGAUUCUGAAGAGCCAAAGGACCCUGCAGGCCCGGGGGUAUCAAAUAUGGCUUCAGGAAUUCAAGAUUUUAACAGGACAGAAUCUGAUCGACUGAAUGAAAUCAAGGGACAUCUUGAAAUCGCAUUGUUAGAAAAACAUUUUUUACAGGAAGAGUUGAGGAAGCUUAGGGAAGAGACAAAUGCUGAAACUCUUAAGCAAGAACUAGAAAAGGAAAAAUUGAAGCGAAUAGAGCUGGAACAAAAAAUCUCUGAUGUGAUCAAAACCAGAGGUGAAGACUCUUCAAGUCAGCAAUCUUUGAAAGUUCAGACUUCAGUAAAUGGAACAGAGAAACGUGGUAGGACAUUCUACUCCAAGAUUCAAAAAUGGUUCUUCGAGAAGUUUUCAGAGUACAUUGAAGAUUUUCAAUUCCAAAAACCAGAAAAUCCUGUCGAAACUGAAGAACCACUUAGUGCUAAACGGUUAACCGAAAAUAUGAGAAGAUUAAAACGUGGUGCCAAACCAGUAACCAGCUUCUUAAAGAACCUGUCAGCCUUAUCAAAUUGGCACUCUGUAUACACUUCAGUAAUUGCCUUUAUUAUCUACAUGAAUGCUGUUUGGCAUGGCUGGGCCAUUCCAAUGUUCUUAUUUCUAGCCAUUUUGAGGUUGUCUCUAAAUUAUCUCAUAGCAAGGGGUUGGAGGAUUCAGUGGAGCAUUGUGCCUGAAGUAUCAGAUCCUGUGGAGCCUUCAAAGGAGGACCUUACUGUAUCUGAAAAGUUCCAGCUUGUGCUUGAUGUAGCACAAAAAGCACAGAAUCUUUUUGGCAAGAUGGCAGACGUACUGGAAAAAAUUAAAAACUUAUUUAUGUGGGUGCAUCCAGAAAUAACACAGAAGUUGUACAUGGGCUUGUGGGUCCUCUUUAUUGCAUCUUGCUUCUUCCCAUACAGAAUUUUGGGCCUCUUCAUAGGACUUUAUGCAGGAGUAAAAUUUUUUCUCAUUGACUUCAUCUUCAAACGUUGCCCAAGGCUUCGAGAAAAAUAUGAUACUCCUUACAUUGUGUGGAAGAAUUUGCCCACAGACCCCCAGUUGAAGGAAAGAUCAAAUGCUGUACUGAUGAGACGGAUUCCAACAGUUGUGUCAAGGUCCAAUGUAACUGCCAACAGCAUGUCUGUGUAUAGCAGGGAGGAUGAUGGUGUACGUUCACACAGCUCCAAAAAAAGCAGCUUCAGUGAGAUCUUCAAUUUAGCAGAGAAUGAACGCCCUUUACCAGUAUGUGAAAAUGGCUGGCGCUGCUGUCUAAUUAACAGGGACAAGAAGAUACCCACUGACUACAUUCGGAAUGGUUUUCUCUAUGUAACAGAAAAUUAUUUAUGCUUUGAAAGCUCCAAAUCUGGUUCAUCCAAGAAAAAUAAGAUCAUAAAACUAAAAGAAAUUACAGAUAUUCAAAAGUACAAAGUUUUGUCAGUUUUGCCAGGAUCAGGAAUGGGCAUUUCAAUAACUACUCCGUAUACGCAAAAGCCACUCGUAUUCGGUGCUAUGUUACACCGGGAUGAAGCCUUUGAAGCAAUAAAUUGUCAACAUACUAAAAUAACAUCCAGUGUAUCCAGUAAUGAAACUUAACCAAGUUCUUACAAUAAUCAGAAGUCAUGUGUAUAAUAAUAUGGAAAUGAACAGUUGGACAAGAACCUCCAUUACUUGUUUGAUAUUUGUGAUGGAUUUUGUACAAAAUUGGAGUAGAUGGUUUGUAAUCUGUAUAUUUUUAACUUGCUGUUUAGUUCUUUUACAUUUUUGUCAGAGUUCUCCACAAAAGUGCUAUUACUUUCAAAGUAAUCCCUGCACAGUGAGCACUUUUGGCAUUUGUUUACAGACAUUUUAAAUGGUAGUCUAAAUUGGGGUAUGGAAGAAUUGAGAGUGGUUCUUAGAAUAAAGUAAGACAAAAUUUCGAGUCAAAGAUUUGCAAAAUCUGAUUGCCAAGAUUGUAUACUUUUCGGUGUCCAUUUCAGAUGGCGAGAGUAUUAGUUGAGAUAAUUCUCCUGGCAGAAGAGGCUAGUAAACUAAGUGAAGUGAAUAUGUUGCACCUUAAACCUGAGGACUGGACAUCAUGGAUAUUAAGCAAUUGACAUUAAUACAUUAUGAAGUGAUUCAUUAAACAUUAGCAUGAAAGGAUCAGAGUAUAAUGUAGCCACGUCUACAAAUAUCACAACGUCAAUAAUCUCACCCAUUUGUUCCAUGAAAAUAAAAUAUAAUUACUAAAAGUUUUUUAAAAUUAUUUUUGCUGCAUGUUAACUACCUAUUCAAUUUACUUUCUCUGGUUUUAAGAUCCAUAUAUAGCCCUUCCAUUGGCAUUGAUAAGAUUUUGCAAUAUAAAUAUGUGGAAAAAUUAGAGCUUUGCACAGUUCUUCCCCCUGAUUUAAAUGUUGCAUUUAUAUUCUAAAAUGCUUAAAAGUGUUUUACUUUUCUUCCUGCUAACUCCCUCCAAAAAGGCUAGAUUUUGGCAAGACGUUUUAGAUGUUCCAGAUUUUGAAAUUAAAAAAUUUGAUGGGUUUAUCUCACUUCAUCUUGUUUUGUUUUCUAAGUAAAAGCCUGAUUUUGUCCAUAUUCACUGCAUUAGUAACAUUUUCCUGCAUCUUUGUUUUAAGUUGCACCAUCAUCAGAUCUAUUUCCAAGGCUUUAUGAGCAGCAAUUAACUUGUUAACAUGAAAGUGGUAUCAAGUGACACCUUCCAAUAUUCCUUUUCUCCCUAUGUGGUAAAACCCGUCCUUGUUCAGUGUCUUUUCCCUAGAGAGCCAAUUUUGAGACAUCUUAUACAUUAGCCAAUGCCCUGCCUCUCAGUACUAUGGUUCAAAAGAUACAAUGGCUCAGAGAAUUUCUAGAAAGCAGUUCCUUUCUCCUUCAUUUUUUGCUGCUGUCAAUGUUCAGCAUGGUGUCUAAAUGCACUGAACUCUAAAUUUCCUCAAGCACCUCCAAUCCUAGAUAUUAUAAUAGCAAAGAUGGCAGGUGUUUGCAUGUCCCAUACCUUUCUGACAUUUAAAAAAAAAAGUCCUGUGAUUUCACCAGUGGUAGCAGCAGCUACUCUCUGCCAUUGCCUUCUCCAAAUCAAAAUUCUUCGUUUUGUACUCCAAGUCCAGUCUGAAUGCAAAAUGUGACGUGACUGACAAACUUGCAAAGGACCUUCACUGAUCUCAAAGCUGCCAAUUACCAACUCCUAAAAUGUUCUGAUUCAUUUUAUUUGUCCAAUUUCUAAUAAAGUUUAUACUGUACAUGAAGAUACGUGAUCAUGCUGAAUAAUUUUGAUUAAUAUAGUUCAUACAAUAUAUACCGAUUUCUUUGAUUUAUUCAAGGUGUAAUUUGUUACAACUUCUGGUUUAACAUUGUUGAGACAGCAAAAACUGGAAUACAAAUAAUACGUUUGUGAUGUAUAGUUUCUUGAAGUGCGUACAUUUGCCAAGUUCUCUGCACCUUUAGUUUACUGUUAAAGAGGGUAUGUUUACUGAGGGCUAAUUUUCCAGCUUCUGUAUAGAAGUGCAUUUGCUGGUGGAUCCCUUAAAGGACACAAAUUAGCAACAAUUUUAAGUUUAAAAUAAUGUAAACACUUUGUAAAAAAAAUCAACAGGUAGUUUUUAAACUAAGGCAAUUUAUUUUCUUAAUAUCCCUGUCAUAAAAAUGCAGUUGCCAUACUUGAUAAGCAUUAGAUAUAUUGACUGUCUACAUAUUGAAAGUUGUGCAUAAUUGUUUUUGGUAUCAUGUAAAACUUUUGGUGUAAAGAAAGCAGAAAAUAUUAAUAGAUCCAGGAAAUGUAACUUAAGCCUAUAAAAUUUGCAAGCUUCGCAUCAUGUUUAUUGUAAAAAGAAAACAAAGUCUUGUAAAAAGUCACAGAUUUUUAUUUGCAAUAAAUGGUUCUGUAAAAAAAAAA